GGCUUCUUUGUUGGAUCACUUCCUUUUGAAACUUCACACACACGAAAAGAACCAAGUGCACACCUACAGGAAAUAACUUUGGUAAAGGAGAGCGCCUGUUCUCAGUUGAGAGUGAAGCUGGUGGUGGUGAUGAUGAUGAUGAUGAUGAAGACGGAGAUGGCUGCUGUCUUUGUCAACACGCUCCUUCUGCUCUGCUGCUGCUUCAUCACCUCCACAGUUUCUCAGGAGGAUGUCUAUGCUGCAGCAGGUGAGGAGAUCACGCUGCGGCUGAAAAACAAACUGGACUCAUCAGAACGCCUGUACUGGAAGCACAACGGAAAACAAAUUGCCUUGAUGAAGUCAGGAGUAGUUAUUUUAGGGGAAGAAAAAGGCGUAGGGACAGAUGGAUCUUUGACACUGAGGGACUUGAAGAAAGGCUCUGUGGAAGUUUACAUCUCACAGAUUUACAAUAGAGGUACUCUGGAGCAUGAAAACACCUUCAUUGUACAUGUGCUGGACAAGGUCCAGAAACCUACACUGGUGGCUACCUGUAAGAAAAACACAGAGACUUUCAAGUGUCAAGUUCCUCAGGCCGAGGGUCUGACCAUCACAUGGCUGCAGGAUGAGAAGCCGCUGAAAGAGACUGGCCCAACUCUGACACGGGACCCAAAAAAACUGACAGCAGAGAGCAGCUUCAAAUGCAACGUUUCCAACCUCAUCAGCUUUGAAAUCAGCCAGCCGGUUAAAAAAACCUGUCCUGUGCCUGAUCCACCUGCCACUAAACAGUUAUUUGGCUUUGAGUUCUGGACCAUGGUGGGCAUCCUGGCUGGUGGAGGAGGUCUUGUCCUGCUGCUGAUUAUCGUCACCAUCGUUUUAUGCACCCGGGCCAGACGCCGACGAUACAAUCGACUGAAGGCGGAGGGGAGGGGAGAGCUUGAAAUGGCAUGGUCCAAUCAACAACAACAACAACAACAACAACAACAACAACAACAACAACAACAACUACAGCAACAGUACCAGCCGGCCAGACACGGUGGUCCAGGGCUCAAGGCCAGCUGAGGUAGAUGAGGACCAGCCUCCUCCUCUUCCUCAGCCCAGGAAGAAAGGUCCCAGAACUCAAAGAACGAGAUAUGACAUCAAUCCAUGAUUUCAGGACAUGGAUCCUCUGGUCCUGGUCUCGCCUGCCUUUCUCUGCUCCUUCAGUCUCCUCCUUUACUGACUCUCCUCACUCCUGAUCUUCUCCUGUGACAAAACCUCCUACUUCACAUCCCGCUCCAU